AUGACUGAUCAAUCGCCUCAAGGCCUCAAACCAGACGAGAAAGCCAAAGACGAUUCAACAAAAGAACCUAGAACUGUAAUGGAUCCGUCACUUCAAAACUCCCAAGAUCAUCUACGUGAGCGGAAGCUACCAGAUGAAAAAGCGACAUUUGUUCAGAGGUUACUUAAAAUGAAUACCUAUGAAGAUGAUGAUGACAUCUAUUCCGUCAUUUGGGAUUUUGGAGUACAGUCUGUUUACUAUGAUACGCGUCCAAUUUUUCUCACACGAAAAGCCAUCUAUAUUUUGACUUGUGAUGUGAGUCGUGAUUCAUCCCAGAAGGCCAACGCCCCUACGAAAAAAAGCAUGUCUGGAAAGAUAGAAGACACUUGCUGUAGCAAAACAAAUCUCGACUUUCUUGAUUUUUGGAUGUCAUCGGUCUAUUCUUCGCUUGGUUCAAAUACUAACUACCGGGAAACUCUGUUACCAGAAAUGUUACCUCCGGUGUUCUUGGUGUGUACGCAUGCUGACAAGCCCUACCGUACUGAUGUGGACCCUGGAGGUCUCGACAGCGAAAUAUAUAGCUCCCUAAAAGACGAAGUUUAUGGGAAACUUCUUAAAGGCCUUUUUGUGCUGGACAAUAGCAAGUCAGGGAGUGGUGAUGAAUGUCGAGGCGUAAUAAAACUAAGAGGAAAAGUGCUUUCUUUUGUCAAAAAGCUUCCACAAUUGAACGAGGCCAUUCCACUGAAGUGGUUGAAGUAUGAAAAUGUACUACAUCUCUUGAGCAAGAAGGGCUAUAAUUGGGUACCCGUCGAGAAAGCAAGAAAGAUUGGUACAGAAGAAUGUGGAAUUUGCGACAAUAAGCAAUUUCGAACUCUUCUAAACUUUUUACACAAUCAGAGAGUUUUGAUUCAUUUUACUGAAUCGCUAGAGUUGCAAAACGUUGUAAUUGGGCAGGAACGAACAGGGAAAACCAGUUUAAAGAGGUUUUUCAAAGGGGAAUUUUUCAAUCCAAAUGAAGGAAGCACAGAAGGGAUAGAGACAGAUCCGUCCUAUUUUAAGGUCUCGACAGACGUUUGGAGGACAGGCAAGAAGAGCAAAGAUACCGAAUCAGAGCCAACGUUUUCAUUUGCGCAUCAGGUAGCCCAGUUGGUAGUUGAAAGCGUACUGAAAAAAGAAACCAGCACUCCUCAUUCACGGAGCCUUA